GUAGAUCAAGAACCGAAAUUUGGCGGUAAACGCGAUUUUCUCUGUUGGUUAAGAGAUGGCACCAAGCAAGAAACCUUUACGAUACGCUCAUAGUGAUGGGCACACAGAUUUGUGUUACGACACAUCUGGCAGGUACUUGUUAACAUGUGGUUUGGAUGGAGAUGCUCGGAUCUGGGAUGGGGUGGAGGAUGACGAUGCUAUUUCUCACAGAGCUGGAGAUAAGGUCUAUGCUAUUGCUUUCAAGAACGACAGGUUUUUUACUGCAUCUGACUCAAACUCUGUCCAAGCCUACACUUUCCCUGAUGGAGCUCCAGAUGGGAUCAUCACCAGAUUUACCUCCCCUGUGACUCACAUGUGCCUGAACUCAUCUGGUAGUACACUUGUAGCUGGUGCUAGUGAUUUUAGUAUAAAAGUUGUGGAUGUGGAAAGUUGUGAAUUCAGAGCCCUGUCUGGCCAUGAAGCCCCAGUUCUCAGUGUGGCACUUCACCCAAACGAGGACAUGGUGGCGUCGUCAAGUUGUGAUGGUACAGUACGAGUGUGGAGUAUCGUUGAUCAGAAGACUGUACAGUCCUGGAAAGUUGUCCCCAAGUCUAACGAUGUCAGCCUGUCCAAGACAUUAUGUCGCCUCUGCUGGGAACCACAGACUGGGAAGAAUCUUGUCGUCCCAGUGGAGAAAGAAGUGCACGUGUAUGAAAGAGAUUCAUGGAAGAAAGUCCACUCAUUGACUGAUGGCUCCAUCAAAGAGCUGGUGUCAAUUGUCACAUUCUCGCCAUGUGGAAACUAUCUGGCUGCUUCCUGUGUUGAUGGUGUUGUUUGUGUUUGGGACUGGAAGACCAAGAAAUGUGUCUCAAGAACCAAACAUGACAAGAAUCUGAUGAUCACAGCUUUGGCGUGGAACCCUAAAGGAAACAAUGAGAUGGCGUAUUGUGAUAACCAGGGUCAACUUGGGCUCAUUGAAGCUGUUGUCUCUGCUGAUGCCCCUGAACAGGACCCAGUUGAUGGAGCCAUGGAUCCUACAGAGGGAGUGUUUGAUGAUGAUGAUGACUUCUUGCUACGAGCCACCGGUGAUGAUGGCAUCCCAGGGGGAGAUAACCCCGACUCUGACCAGGAUGAUGAUCCAUUCAAUUUACCCAUCAAGAAACCUGGAGUCCUCGAUGACCUGCAAUCUAAUGAUGAUGUAACGUCUGUGAUGUCAGACCUAGAUGGUGCUGACAGUACGGCGGGUGCCCCCAGGACCAGUGCUGCCCCCACUCUCGGGCCUAAACCUACCCCCUUACAGAAAGCCUUCCAGUCUGGCUCUACCCCAGAGCACCUCAGUGCCAGGUUUAUGAAAUGGAAUUCCGUUGGAAUCAUUCGUCAGUACAGCUCGGAUGAGGAGAACUCUAUUGACGUGGAGUUCCAUGACACAGCAAUUCACCAUGCCAUGCACUUCAACAACGACAGUGGCUACACACUAGCUGAUGUGUCAACAGAGGCAGUAGUGCUGGCAGCAGAGGCUGAUGACAGCGUUCCAAGUAAGUUGUUCUGUAUGCACUUUGCAUCAUGGGAUAACUCUAAGGACUGGUCUGUGACAAUGCCAGAUGGGGAGAACAUUGAGGCAUUGUGUUUAGGGGGUGGUUGGAUAGCUGUGGCCACUGACCAGCGCAAUGUCCGGCUGUUAUCUGUAGGAGGUGUCCAAAGGGAGUUGUUCUCCAUUCCUGGCCCAGUGGUCAGCCUCGCUGGACAUCAUGAUCAACUUCUGGUCGUCUUCCACAGGGGCACAGGUGUACCUGGUGAUCAGUGCUUGGGAUGUAUUCUCCUACAUGUUGGAUCAAGACGGAAAUCCCUGCUUGGUGGAGAGUCUGUUCCUCUGAGCCCUCGUUCUACUCUGAACUGGCUGGGGUUUUCUGCAGAAGGAACCCCAGGCCUGGUGGAUUCCUCUGGAGUUGUCAGAUUGCUGAAUCGCAGCCUGGGGAACACAUGGAUUCAAGUCUGUAACACAAACCAUCAUGCAAGAGGAAAGUCUGAUCAUUACUGGAUUGUUGGAGUUCAUGAAAAUCCACAACAGUUGAGGUGUAUCAUGUGUAAGGGUUCCAAGUUCCCCCCGACCUUACCCCGCCCCAUGGUGUCAGUACUGCCUUACCAGCUGCCUCUGUGUGAACUCAGCACGGAGAAGAGUCAGUACGAGGAGACACUGCUCCGGAGUCGGCUUCUCUCAAACCAUCUCAGUGUACUGGAAACCCAGGGGUAUGAAGUGGAUGACAGUGUUAAGAUUGAAAUGCUGAAACCAGCUCAGGAAGCUCUGAUGAAAUUGUUUGCACUGUCUGCUCGCUCAGACCGUGAGUGUAGAGCUGUGGAAGUUUGUGAGAUGAUGCCUGAUCAGCACACACUACAGCUAGCCAUCAAGUACGCCAGUCGUCUGCGCCGUAUGCAGCUAGCAGAGCGCAUCAGUGACGUUGCUAGGCGCAAGGCAGAGGAGGAAACACCUGAAAACCAGGAAGAGGAUUACCUCACUGCUCCUAGCAUAAGGAGUGGCCGGCCUGAGGCUGUUGGGAGGAGUGGCUGGAAUGGCCACAGAAGGCCUACUACAAAGCGAGGUCUGAUUGGCCAAGAGGAGGAGGAGGGAGGAGUAAGUGAAGACGAGGCAGAGGAAGACAUGGAGCAAGAGGAUCAAACUGAGGAAACAACAGGUCCUCGUCUCAAUCUCACUGCCAAAGUGGCCGAGAGUAAGCCCUCAGAGCCUACUGCUGCCUCCUUACUCAGGAAAAACCCAUUUAAGGUGUCCACACCUCAGAAGACACACACAGUUGUCAAAGGAUCCAAAGUCUUUGAUGACAUGGCAAAGGAGAAGAAAACCUUGAAAAGUCCUACCUUACCAUUGACUGUGAGCGAUUCAAAGAAAAAAGCUUCAUCACAAAUAAAACUGUUCAAGGCCAAAUCCACAAAGUCAUCUGAAAAUAAGAAACCCACAGAAAACGGUGAUACCAUAGAAGCCGGGAAGAAAAAGACAGCUUAUCAGCUGUGGUUUCAGGAGAACCAGACUGACAUCUCCGAGGAACACCCUGAGCUGUCAGCAGAGGAGCUGCAAACCAUGGCUGCAGAGAAGUUCAGGGAGUUGCCAAAGGAGGAACGACAGGUUUGGCUGAAGAAGUCCCGUGGUGAAGUAGAAAGUGACACAGAUAAAAAGCGAAAGAGACACGCUGAACCAUGUCUCACACCACAGGAAGUCUCACAGAAGAAGUCAAAAACUACAGAAACAGCAGAGAAGACAAAGAACCCUCUGUCACAGUCUACAAACUCUAAACUAGCAAAUUUUGCCUUCAGUAAGCUUGAAUGAUAGGACAUGCAUGUACUCACCAUUAUUUGAGUUUUUCGCUCACAUGUACCUGUUGGUAAUUUUAUGUUGUGUGCUUCCACAUCAUCUGUGAGAAAUUUAAUGUACCUUUUUUUUAACCAUAGCACACGUUCACCUGGUGUUCUAAGCAUAUGUUGAGAUCAUUACUCUGCCUGAACUGACAUAUGUAAUUAUACUCCGUGUGAAGUCCUUGUGUAGGCUUACUUACUCAGUAUAAACACCAUAAUCACAACUGCAUUGAAAGUUGUUCCUCAAGGUUGCAGAAAUAGGGUAGCCGGAGAUGUGUAGCAUGAAAUACAGUCAGUAACACGACUGAUGUAUGGUACAUGGGAAACCCAGACUUCCAAUGAUGGAUGUAUGGUACAUGGGAAAGCCAGACUUCCAAUGAUGGAUGUAUGGUACAUGGGAAAGCCAGACUUCCAAUGAUGGAUGUAUGGUACAUGGGAAACCCAGACUUCCAAUGAUGGAUGUAUGGUACAUGGGAAAGCCAGACUUCAAUGACGGAUGUAUGGUACAUGGGAAAGCCAGACUUCCAAUGAUGGAUGUAUGGUACAUGGGAAAGCCAGACUUCCAAUGACGGAUGUAUGGUACAUGGGAAAGCCAGACUUCCAAUGACGGAUGUAUGGUACAUGGGAAAGCCAGACUUCCAAUGACGGAUGUAUGGCACAUGGGAAAGCCAGACUUCCAAUGACGGAUGUACGACACAUGGGAAAGCCAGACUUCCAAUGACGGAUGUACGGCACAUGGGAAAGCCAGACUUCCAAUGACGGAUGUAUGGUACAUGGGAAAGCCAGACUUCCAAUGACGGAUUUAUGGUAAAUGGUAAACCCAGACUUCCAA